AUGGAGGUGUUUGUGCGCACGCUGACGGGCAAGGCCUUCGUGAUCAUGGUCCGGCCCGGCGACACGGUGGAGAGCGUGAAGCGGGUGGUGGAGACCGUCGAGGGCAUACCAUGGGACCAGCAGGUGCUGGUCUGCGCCCGCUGCCGACUCGAAGACCACCGCACCCUCGCCCAGCACGGCGUCCAACAGCACGCCACCCUCCACCUCAUGCUGCGGCCCAGGGGCGACUGA